CUUGUGAAUUGCUUUUAAAUAGGCCACACUAUAUUACUCGUAAAAAGUUAAUUGGAAUUCUAGCUUCUCAAGGAAAUGGCGACAAAAUUCUUUUGUCUGAUGCUGGUGUUAUUCCAAAGUGUCUUCGCUCUCAACCAACAGAAACCUAAUAUUAUAUUCAUGUUAAUGGAUGAUAUGGGAUGGGGCGAUCUUGGUAUAUUUGGACACCCAGCAAAAGAAACUCCGAAUUUAGACAAAAUGUCUGCAGAAGGAAUGUUGUUUACUGAUUUCUAUAGUGCUAAUCCUCUAUGUUCACCAUCCAGAGCAGCAAUGUUGACGGGUAGGUUGCCGUUAAGAAAUGGAUUUUAUACAAGCACUUAUCAUGGACAUAACGGUUAUACACCUCAAAACAUAGUUGGUGGAAUCUCAGAUUCGGAAGUAUUGUUGCCAGAAUUAUUAAAACAAGCAGGAUAUUAUACCAAACUAAUUGGAAAAUGGCAUUUGGGUCAUCAAGAACAAUAUCUUCCGUUGAAACAUGGAUUUGAUGAAUGGUUUGGGGCGCCAAACUGUCAUUUUGGGCCCUAUGAUGAUGUUUCCACUCCAAAUAUACCUGUAUAUGACAAUGAAGACAUGAUUGGAAGAUAUUAUGAAGAUUUUGUUAUUGAUAGAAACAAAGAUUUAUCUAAUUAUACUCAAAUCUUGAUUGAAAAAGCGAAAGAAUUUAUUUCUCGAAUGCAUCAAGCUGAUUCUCCAUUUUUUCUAUACUGGGCUCCUGACUCAACUCAUGAUCCAGUAUAUUCAUCUGAGAAGUUUCGUGGAAAAAGUCAGAGAGGAGCAUAUGGCGAUGCAGUUAUGGAGCUGGAUUAUGGUGUAGGAUCAAUACUUAAUUUGUUAAAAGAAUUGAAUUUGGACCAAAACACUCUCGUCUUUUUUUCAUCCGAUAAUGGUGCCGCAAUGCUGAGUAGCUCAUGUGUUGAUGGUAGCAACGGACCAUUUUUAUGUGGAAAACAAACUACAUUUGAAGGAGGCGUUAGAGAGCCAACUAUUGCAUGGGGACCAGGAUUUGUCAAGCCAGGACAGAUUAGCCACCAACUUGGUAGUCUUAUGGAUUGGUUUGCAACAGCCGCUGAUUUAGCUGGGGUAUCACCUCCCACGGAUAGAUUAUAUGAUGGAAUUAGUCUAAGAAGCGUUUUGUAUAAUGGCGAGCCUUUUAACAGACCUAUCUUUCAUUACCGUGGCAAUACAUUGUUUGCUGUAAGGUUUGGACUUUACAAAGCACAUUAUUGGACUUGGACCAAUUCAUGGGAAGAGUACAAAACACAUGGUUAUGAAUUUUGCAGAGGUGAAAAUGUACCGAAUAUUACAACUCAUGAUCAAAUGAAUUACACAGCCCAGCCCGUUAUGUUUCAUUUGGGACGUGAUCCUGGUGAAAAAUGUCCAAUGAAGUUUAAUUCUGAAUACGAAGCCGCAAUGAAAUUAAUUAAAAAUGAAGUGAUGAAACAUGAACAAAAUUUAAUACCAGGACAUGCCGUAUUAGAUAUGUGCGAUAAUGGCAUAAUGAAUUGGGCACCGAAGGGGUGUGAUAAGUUGAAUAAAUGUCUCAAAGGGCCUCCUUCUGAACCUUUCAAAUGUGUUUGGAAUCAUUAACUCUACAUCAAACAUUAUCAGCAUAAUAUAUAUUAAGUGCAAUAAUUUUUC